GAUAAGUAGAGAUUGUCAGGAGUUAGAGCCUUCCGUUGGGGAACAGCUAGCCUCCUUGCUUUAUCAUGAUCCAGAUAGUGAGCUUAUGGCAAUUUCACUGGCAGCAGAAUCAAAACGUGAACAAGAGAAAGCAAAGGGAGUCAAUUCAGAUAUUGGAGGAGAGAAUCCAGACAUCGUUCCAUUUGAGGACAAUGAAGACGAGGAAGAGGAAGAAAGUGAGGAGGAUGAAAGCUUUGGUGGGGCAGAUCAGGGCAGAGGAAUGAUGUGGCCCCCUCACAUGCCACUAGCCCGUGGAGCCAGACCCAUGCCCGGGAUGCGUGGUUUUCCACCUAUGAUUAUGGGUGGUGAUGGCUUUUCUUAUGGAUCAGUUACACCUGAUAGUUUUGGGAUGCCAGAUGUCUUUGGUGCUCCUCGUCCAUUUGCUCCAUAUGGACCAAGGUUUUUUGGGGAUUUUAGAGGUUCCACAUCUGGCAUGAUGUUUCCAGGACGACCUCCACAAUCUGGGCCAAUGUUUCCAGGUGGUGGACUAGGGAUGAUCAUGGGUCCAGGGCAUGCUUCGUUUAUGGGGGGUAUGGCUACAGGUGCAAAUCCUCCUCGAGGUGGCCGGCUCAUUGGCAUGGCCCCUACGUUUCCUGGACCUCCAACAUCUUCCUCACAUAAUUCUGAUAGGCCUAUUAAAAGAGAUCAGGGACACCAACCAAUGACAGAUAUAAUGCAGUAUCGGAGCAGGGUAGAGGUCAGGACAUGA